AGACCCCCUCCCUUUUAUGACGAAAUCUGGAGUACUGCGAGCCACUGGGUCCAUUCUGAACGAUGUCGGAGUGUUGGGCAAUCUGGUUUCCGAGUCGGUCGGAUCCCUCAGCAGGAGCGUCGAGUCUCGCCUGGCUGGGGUCGAACGGCGACAGCGUGAGCAGUGCGAUGAGAUGGCGGAAAUGUCGGCCAAAAUCCAGAACCAUGAGAAUCCCUUGGGGAUCAUGCAGAAGAAAGUCCCAGUGGUGCCAGCGGAAGUAUUCUCUCCAGAUUUUUACCGCACGCCCGACCAGACGGUGCUCAUCAUACGUUGCCAGAGUCAUGUAGCGAAUGCGAAUGUGGCAGACAGCGUGGUCAAGCCGAUUCUCGGGCGCAACAACAUCGGUCCCAAUGAGGUCAAUCUCGAAGGAGAACCAGCCGGCAUGAUAUUUACUCUGUGGGUUAACGGAUCGGCAGCGUAUGCGGCACGCAAGGUGGUCAUAUCAUCGUCAGUUUCAAAUUCGUGCUCAGGAAUGGCAGCGGUUCAACACGACAGAUUCACAAGGUGUACCGACAGAGGUGCACAUUUCGGCACACAAGUCUCAGGUCAUGGUCAAACGCGAACUUGUCUUCAAGCAGCUCAAGAGCGCCUUAUUUGAACUGCGCCCGCAGCACAACUUCCACAGCAACAGAGCCAAGGGGGAAGUCAGCCUUCAAUGGGAGCCGAUCAUCAGAGGAGUACCUAGGCAGGAUGGGGAUGUGCCCGCGAUUGAGUACAUCGCCCACUUCAACUUCAACCGCGAUGAGAUUGAGAGGGAGGUGGCCACCAUCGUGCGCCCGCCAGAGCCUGUCUCGUGGCGAGUUGAACCAGCUCAUCUCAGCGUGGAAUUGUUCUUCUCCCUCUCCCUCUCAGGUUUCAUUAUGUUCCCAGAACGCUCAUUUUUUGCGAUCGCCAGCGACGUAUCCGAUGCCGCAGAGCCCUAUGCAUCAAGUCGGUCCUCGGGCCUGGCUCUUUCCUGGGGAUCCAGGAAACGCGCGUGUCGGAAGCUGAAAUCACGGACAUGUUGUUCCACGUGCGCCACCGGAUUCAGGCCUUCUUCUUUUUCUUCCCUCCGUCUGCUCAUCCUGCUGGUGGGGUGAUCGCACUCCUGCCCGACAUUUAGCAGAACGCGCAGCGCCGACAGGAGGUCUGUGACAGAAGCGAUUGAGCUUUUCAGGGGACGUGCCUUGAAUGUUCGAGUUUUGUUUCCAAACGGC